AUCACAUCUGGUGCCGGCUUCAAAAUGACUGGCUGUGACAGAAGAUUGUUAUCCUGUGACGCUCUUAAUAAACUCUGAUUUGAUUAUUCUUUGCGAUUGUUUUGUUGAGAGUAGUAAGAUGACUUCUUUAGUGAAUCUGAAGGUGUGUCCUGUUGUUAUUUAUAGUUCAGGCCUGUCAAGUCACCCUAAGAAGUUGGAACGAAGGUUUGAAGUGAUUACUGACAUGGUGAUGAUGUCUAUUGACAGAAGUCAUACCACCAACAUGUAUGGACCUUGUGACUCACAUGAAUAACAGAUCGCUGAUUUUCACGUUUGUUUUAUUUGGAACUGUCAUAUAUUUGUUUUAUACUUUUAAUUCCUGUCUCUUGUCGAAUAUCAACAAAUCAUUUCGACGUAGAGUACGUGCCUUUUCAUUUGGCACUCUACAAAAGGAAAAUGUUGAACCAAAGCGUGAUGAACCACAACUUUCUUCUGCUAUUGAAAGGCAAAGUGUAGUCCGUGUUGUACCUCUUACUUGGAAUGCUAUGUACACAGAUCUGCAGGAUGGAGCUCCAAAAUAUCGAUUCCUGAAACAUCAGGGACUUGAACCAAGUCGUAAAUUUCCUGAUGCCCUUAUAAUUGGCGUUAAGAAGGGUGGAACAAGAGCUCUUUUAGAAUUCAUAAGAUUACAUCCUGAUGUAAGAGCAGCGGGGUCAGAAGUUCACUUUUUUGAUAAAUUUUAUGCAAAGGGUUUUGAGUGGUACAGAAACCGCAUGCCACCAACUCUAGAAGGUCAAGUGACUAUGGAAAAAACACCAAGCUACUUUGUUACAAGAGAGGCUCCACAGAGAGUCUAUGAGAUGAGUCCCAUAACAAAACUGCUUGUGGUAGUACGAGAUCCAGUAACAAGAGCAAUUUCAGAUUAUACACAAGCUGUCAGCAAGAAACUUGAUAUGCCACAGUUUGAGGAGUUGGCUUUUUUUAACUUUACUGGAAGAGAAGGUAAAACAGUGGUGGAUACUUCAUGGGGACCUGUGAAAAUUGGUAUUUACGCACGGCACUUGGAACGAUGGUUACGGUGUUUCCCAUUGCGACAGUUGCAUUUUGUCAGUGGAGAGCAGCUUGUAAUCGACCCAGCAGCAGAGAUGGCUAGAGUGCAGGAUUUCUUGUCUUUGAAGAGAGUAGUUACAGAGAAACAUUUCUAUUUCAAUUCAACAAAAGGUUUUCCCUGCCUCAUGAAAUCUGAGGGUCAUUCUACCCCACAUUGUCUUGGUAAAACAAAGGGACGAAAUCACCCUUAUAUUAAUCCGGCUGCUAUUCAACGUCUUCGGGAGUUUUACCGACCAUUCAAUGCUCGUUUCUAUCAGCUAACUGGCAUUAACUUUGGAUGGCCAUGAUGUAGUCUACUGUUGGCGGAAGAAAACUCAUUCUGAGAUGGUCAGGUAGCUUUAAAGCAGUGCAGCAGUUGUCUGCAAGUUCAGUAACAGUCAUAUCUGCAGCAGUGCAAAAGAGAUUCCAUCAAAU